AUGCUUCCAUCAUACCUUCAGAAUCCAUCUUCUUCUAGUUCCAGUCCAAGUCUUCAAAAAGAUAAAAGUUAUGGAAAACACGAUCUUCCUGUUACUACAUCAUCAAUUCAAACAAAGUUUGACUUUCACCCACAAGACAAUUACAGUUGGGCCCACAAUGAUUUAGCUAUGAAAAACAACCAUGGCAAUAGGCUAUUACCACCAUCAAUGUCUGUUCUUUCUACAACACAUUAUGCAGGGCAAUCUGGUCAUUCUCGCCCUGGGGUCGUUGAAGAAGCAGUUGGUGAUGAAAGGCUGAUUUAUCAAGUAGCACUACAGAUCAUUUGGGGUAUUAUGUCAAAUUCUAGUGUUAUUGAUGGUGAUUUGUAUUCUUCUAUGAGUGAGAGUGAAGAAGAAGAUGUUGAGAACUCAUUUUUUGAAGGUGGUGAAUCUUCAAGUUCAGUACAUGAUGCACAAUAUUUUGAUGAUAUAAUUGGAGAACAUGUCUAUAAGCCAGAUGUACCUGUUCAACUUAUUCCUUUUAAGGGUUUAAUCUUUAAAUCAUUAAAGUUGGCUAUCAAAAUGUAUUCUGAGUAUGCUGAAAUUGGUGAUUUUGAUGUUAGGCUGAGCAUACAGACAAGGUUUGAUAACAAGAUUAUAAAUAAGAAACAUGUUAUAUGUAAUCGUGGUGGUAAACAGAAAAAGAAAUCUUGUGACACAUUAGGUACAAGUGGUGUUAAGAGGACACGAAAUUCAAAUUCAAGAGCUAUUGGUUGUCAAGCAAAGAUUAUAUUUGAAUCUGUGUAUGGAACUCCAGAUUUUAAAGUUUUUCAGUUUGAUGAACUUCACAACCAUCCACUUGAGAAGAGAAGCGAUUUAAAAAAGGCGAGACAAAUGUCAUAUUCAGAAAAAGAGUUUAUUGUGUGUGCUUCCACAUAA